CAUUUUCUAUACCGCUUCAUCCUCAGGGUCGCGGGGGCAUGCUGGAGCCUAUCCCAGCUGACUUCGGGCGACAGGCGGGGUGCACCCUGGCCUGGUCGCCAGCCAAUCACAGGGCACAUAUAGACAAACAACCACACUCACAUUCAUACCUAUGGACAAUUUAGAGUCACCAAUUAACCUCACCUGCAUGUUUUUGGGAAUGUGGGAGGAAGCCUGAGUACAUGAAGAAAACCCACGCGCACACGGAGAGAACAUGCAAACUCCACACAGAAAUGCCCAAGGGAGAAUCGAACCCAGGUCUUCCCGAUCUCCUGGCUGUUACUGUGUUGGCCAGCAUGUUAACCACUAGACCACUGUGCGGCCCGUGAAUAAAUUGAUGUCCAGCUUAAUGAAACAAAGCUCAUUAAAAUGCGACAUUCUCAAGCUUUUUCAGCUCAAUUAGAACCCAAAAUGACUUAAGUAUUCAUUUCAUUGCCAGAGCAUACUGCACAUUUACUACUGACAACAAACACAGGAGGCAAGAACUUGUGAAGACACCUUGGGUCACGACCCUCAGUUUGGGGAAACCCUGCUUUAGGAAGAAUCAAAAAGUGUAGUGGCCUCUAGUGGUCUGCAGGUGAACUGCAAAAGCAUAAACAUUCCAUGGUCCACACCCCUGCUUUCAGUGUGGAUACCUCCAACGUGGAGUUGUCCUCAAUCCACAGGUUAAAGACUACGUUGGGUUCCCCUGCUGUAAAACCUGAUAAGUACACCUGGCUGCUUGUAUCUUGAGAUCACAUUCAGUUCAACCUGACUAGUGUGCAAUAGAAAGUGAAGGUAGCUCCUCCUUAACCCAAUUAAAGCCUUUUUAACAGAAGCCACGCUGCAGCAGGACAUUUAGCUUCAUCUUCAUGCCAUGGCGACUCUCCUGCGGACCGUUGUUGUUUUGUCUGUGGUGAUGACUCUGAUAUGCAGCACGCAGGUGGACUCGCUGCCUCUAGCUGAGGACUGGAGCGGCAUGAUCCAGAGAACCAAGCGCUCUCUGCUGUGGCGCUGGAACUCCAUGAAGCCGGUGGGCGCCAGCUGCAGGGAACACCUGGAGUGUGGGACUAAAUUCUGCAGGAGGAAUAUUUGCUCUUUCUGGAAAUUCACCUGAAGAAAACAAAAACACAAUUCCAUCAUGGCCAGCGUCUGCACAACAAACGUAUUCUUCAUGGAUCAAAUGAACCAACGCACAAACCAAACACACACACACACACACACACACACACAAACAAGACAUUGCAUAAGAGUAAUGUUCCAUUUGAAGUAAAGACUUACCCUACUGGUUAUUUGUUUAUGAUCAGAUGAUUCUCAUGUAAUCUGAUUAGUCUCCACACGGCUACAAAACAAAGUUGUAAAAGCUGUGUGGACAUGUGACCCUAUUGUAUUAAUGUGAUUUGUUGUUAUUGGGGGGAAAUAUACAUCAUGACUACACGCUUGAAGUGCUUUUCCAUGCUGUCCUUUUUGUAUUUACAUGUACAUUUUGU